AAAAACGUCACUACGCCGGAAGUGUUGGACAGAUUAAAAUCCUCUUGUGUGACAGCAGCGGUUCGGUACAUUGUAUUUUUUUUUUUUUUGUCUUUCUGUAGGGAUGGAGGUGACACGAACAAAUUUCAAAGACAGUUUAAGCACUGUGUACAGCGCAAUAGAGGAAGCAGACUUUCUCGCAAUCGAUGGGGAAUUUUCAGGUAUUAGCGAUGGGCCCAACGUCAGCGCACUGACUAACGGGUUGGACACGCCAGAGGAGCGCUACAUGAAGCUAAAAAAGCAUUCCAUGGACUUCUUGCUGUUUCAGUUUGGACUGUGUACGUUCACAUAUGACCAGGCAGAGUCCAAGUACGUCAUCAAGACUUUUAAUUUUUAUAUAUUCCCAAAGCCGUUCAACAGAACCUCCCCAGACACCAAGUUCAUCUGCCAGAGUUCCAGCAUAGACUUCCUGGCCAGUCAGGGUUUUGACUUCAACAAAGUGUUCCGUCACGGGAUCCCGUACCUGAACCAGGAAGAGGAAGUGCAGCUGCGGGAGCAGUAUGAGGAGAGGCGGAGUCAGAGUAACGGAUCAGGAAACCCCUCCUACAUCUCCCCCAACCCAAACAAAGGCCCUGGCAGCGUCCCCGAGGAGCACAGGGAGUACAUCGGACGGGUGGUAGAGAAGGUGGAAUCUCUGUUCACUACCUCAGAGAAGACUGUGGACCUGGAGCCCUGCACUGGGUUUCAGAGGAAGCUGAUCUACCAGACUCUCAACUCCAAGUUCCCAAAGGGCCUUCAUGUGGAGACCUUGGAGACAGAGAAGAAAGAGCGGUACAUCCAGAUCAGCAAGGUGGACGACGAGGAGAGGAAGAGGAGGGAGCGGCAGAAACAGGAGAGAGAACAGGAGGAGCUGAAUGACGCUGUGGGAUUCUCCAGGGUCAUACACGCCAUCUCCAAAUCUGGAAAGUUGGUGGUUGGCCACAACAUGCUGCUGGACGUCAUGCACACCAUCCAUCAGUUCUACUGCGUACUGCCAGAGGACCUGAAUGACUUUAAAGAAGUUACUCAGUGUGUCUUCCCCAGGCUGUUGGACACCAAGCUCAUGGCCACUACGCAACCGUUCAAGGAGUUGAUCAACAUCACGUCUCUAGCAGAGCUGCAGAAACAGCUGAAAGAGAGCCCCUUCAAAUCUCCUAAAGUUGUGACGGCGGAGGGGUUCCCCAGCUACGAUACAGCCCAGGAACAGCUCCACGAGGCGGGCUACGAUGCCUUCAUCACUGGUCUCUGCUUCAUCUCCAUGGCCAACUACCUAGGUACUUUCCUGACUCCCCCCAGAGCCCACAUCCCAUCCCAAUCGAAACUCAUCCAACCCUUCGUCAACAAACUGUUCCUGAUGAGGAUCAUAGAUAUUCCCUACCUCAACAUCAGCGGACCAGACCUCCAGCCCAAGAGGGAUCAUGUUCUGUACGUCACCUUCCCUAAGGAGUGGAAGACCAGUGACCUCUACCAGCUGUUCAGUGCCUUUGGUAACAUCCAGGUGUCGUGGAUUGAUGACACGUCAGCGUUUGUAUCUCUGAGUCAGACGGACCAGGUACAGAUCGCGAUGAACACCAGUCGCUAUGCGGAGAGCUACCGUAUCCAGACGUAUGCAGAGUAUGUCCAGGGCAGGCAGCAGGUCAGGGAGAGCCAGGGCCAUUCUACCCAGUCCUGGGACGAGGACGGCUGGGUUAAACCGCACUACACCUCCCCCUCUACAGUUGGUGCUGGUCCUACUGGCUACAGCUACGGUCACAACAGGCCGUCGUUGGGGAAACGCUGCGUCAGUCCGAUCCAGGAGGAGCAGCCUACGGAGGGAGAGGCUCAGAGAUCACACGCUGACGGAUGGAGUGGCUACACGCACUCUCACACACACCCCGACACGGGCAGCAAGAAGAUCAGGACCGACGGGGUGUGUGUACGGACGUAUGCAGGAGUAGUGGACAGUAAGACGUCAGAAGGCUGGCUGAAAACUCAGUCUGAGUCUGAUUCGUCGAGCAUGAGUCCGAUCCAGGAAGAGGCGGGGUCGGAGGCGGGAGACGACGCUAGUGAUCCGGCGACGGGCGAAUGGCAACAGCAGCCUUCAACCAUUCAGAGCAAGAAGAGCCGCAAGAACAACAGGAUGAGGAAGACUGAUGGUGCAGAGACGACGUCUUCUCUGUUCGACGUACCUCAGGUCUGGUAGCGAUGGAACCCGAGAUCCUGGCUCCUUACCACCUGGGUUCCUACUUCCUACCCCUGGCCACUUGACUCCUACCCCCUAGGACCGGGUUUGGAACGAGGCCUGAAGUUUCAACCAGCUGCACUUAUCUGACUGGCUGAGAGAAACGAAGCCAUAAAUCAUGAUAGGAGUCCUCAGCAUGUGGUAUAGCAGGAUAUUCUUUAGGAAAGAAAAAAACUGUCCCAAAUGGCACCCUAAUCCGUAUAUAGUACACUACUUUUAACUACGGCCAAUAGAGCUCUGGUUCAAACUAGUGCACUGUGGAUUAUUGUGUCCCAAAUAUUUUUUUCACUGCUUUUUUUGUUGUUGCUCGCACUGUUUUUCAUUUCUGAUUGAUUGAUAAAUCCCCUGUAUCGUGAUGGAUUAGGUAGUUACCACUCUGCAUGUUGUGGCGCUACUGACAGCUGUUCAGUACA